ACGGCGUGUUUGUUUUUUAUUGUUGUAUUUUCAUUUGGCGUACAUGCAUACUUGAUAGUGCUCACCGGCAUCAUUAGAGAUGAUUUGGUGCUGGCUUUGGUUGGGCAUGGUGGUGGCGCCAUGCCAGCGAUUUCGCUUACUCCAUUUCAAUGUUUAAUAGCGAUGAUUGCGUUUACUUCUGCUUUUCCACUUGUCGUCGUGUCUUGUUCGUCUUACCGUCGUUGUCUACUUUGCCUCCCCUUGCUUAGACAUUCAUCUGUUCGGCUCACUUGGGCCAUCCACACACCCAUAUCCAUGGGGGAUCGGAGGGGGAACAAGAAGACUCUAGCGCAAGGUCUCUCUUUUUACAGGGCUCCUGCCACAUUCAACAUUUUGGUUUUUCGAUCCUCAGACUUCUCGAUAUAAAAUAACAAGAUUGCUUUCUUGAACAUAAACACUUCC